GAUGGAAUAGUUCUAAAACUGAAUAAAAGGAACACUGUCACAAUCUUUCUCCAAUCUCCUCCUGUAAGUUUAGGGUUUAUCAUAAUUGAGCUUUCAAUCCAUUUUCGUUCCUAAAAGAAAACGUAAAUUUUUUUCUCUUCACGUUCAUAUACUACGCAACAUCGCAAUUUCUCGUAGUUCGUUUUGAUAACUCACGAAAUCGCAAGCUACAGACAACGGUGACACGACAUUCGUUGAUUGAUCAUGUUGGUAAAGAGAUUAAGCUCAUUCCUUAAACUCUCCCCAAAACCUCAGAUUUCCUCUGCCACGAAAAAUGUGGAUGAAGAGACCGGCAAAUACUAUGGUAGAAAGGCAGUGUCAUUCAUUUUGAUUACUAUUACAGGUGGUGUUGCUCUGAGUGCUCUUGACGACCUUGCCAUCUAUCAUGGAUGUAGCAGCAAGGCCAUGGAAAAGGCGGUCAAUAACCAAGGACUAAUAGAUGCUAUCGGAGAACCCAUUGUUAAAGGUCCAUGGUACAAUGCAGCUCUUGCAGUAGCUCAUAAAAGACAUUCUGUUUCAUGCUCAUUUCCUGUUUCUGGACCGAAAGGCACCGGUAUCUUGCAGCUGAAGGCAGUUCGAAAUCGAGAUGACACUUGGUCUUCAUUUUUCCUUCAUCGUGACUGGGACAUUUUAAUCAUGGAUGCUCUCCUCCAUGUACCUGGGAAUGAGGAGAGGCACCGAACAUUGCGGAUCAAUCUUGCUGAAAAUCCUCUUUCUUGCACUGCUUGCACCGAGACCACACCUCAUCCAUCGGAAAAUUCAAAGGCAAAUUUGAGUUCUAAUCAAUAAAAGGUUAAUUGGUAAUCUUAAAUUCAUCUAAAAGCAAGUUUUUGACCUUUAUAUUUAAAUAUUUUAUAUGAUUUUGAGGCUAGGUGGACGUCAAUAUUUUGGCUUUGACAGAAUAAAUUUAUUUCCAAAUUUUCUUUGGGUAACGUGUUAUAAUUAGUCACCGACUUACUUUAUGAAAGAAAAAUUUUCCUUGUGGAUUGAUGUAAUUUUUCUUUAUUUUGCAUUUUUCUUUUGCCUUUUGAUCUUCCUAGCUAUCUUUUUUGGGAUGGUAAAUUUUAUUUACUGAGGUAAGCACUGUGGUAGAUUUUGUUUGGUGACUUUGUCCAUUGGCACCCUGUAUUGUCGGUGUGGUGUGGGUGAAUAAACAUUUUUAUAUUCACUUA